GGAGCAGCCUUCAUGAUUAGAAAGUAACUCCACGCCUUGGAGAGCCAAGAGGAGACAUGAGAAUAAUUUUAAAUGCAAAUUAAAUUGAGGGGGUAGGAGAGAAGAACACACAAAAGACAGUAAAACAAAACCUUUCGAUUUUCUUAAAUUAGCAGCCUAAUGUGUUCUAAAGAGCAGUUCCACUCAGAUCUCUUCUGAGGGGUUGCAUUUCAUCACAGUAUAAAAUGGGCAAAUCCAUCACUUCCCUCUGCUCAGUGCUUUUGAAUCAAGAUUGAAGAGAAAAUUAGAAGCUGUUCAUUUGGGCUUGCAGGCUCGGCAGCAUUGCACAGCUUUGUUCCAGGGUCUACGGUGUCCUGUUGAAAGGGGUCAACACGUGCCGGGGAGGGUGCAAAGAGAGGCAGAGGCUGGCGUCACCUUCUGUUGCUAAGGUUCCAAGUGAACAUUUUCUUUCAAAACUCUGUGUUUGGAACAUCAAGGAUGGAUUAUCCCAAAAUGGAUUAUUUUCUGGAUGUUGAGUCUGCUCACAGGCUCUUGGACGUUGAGUCGGCUCAAAGAUUUUUCUACAGUCAAGGAGCUCAAGCUCGCCGGGCGACCCUGCUCCUGCCUCCCACAUUAAUGGCGGCAUCUUCGGAGGACGAUAUAGACCGGCGGCCCAUCAGAAGAGUCCGCUCCAAGAGCGACACGCCGUACCUGGCGGAGGCCAGAAUCUCCUUCAACCUCGGGGCAGCUGAGGAAGUGGAGAGGCUGGCUGCGAUGCGUUCCGACUCCCUGGUCCCAGGUACCCACACUCCCCCUAUCCGGAGGAGAAGUAAGCUUGCCAACCUGGGGAGGAUUUUCAAGCCUUGGAAAUGGAGGAAGAAGAAAAGCGAAAAGUUCAAACACACAUCAGCAGCCCUGGAAAGGAAAAUAUCAAUGAGGCAAAGCCGGGAAGAGCUGAUAAAGCGAGGAGUCCUGAAGGAAAUCUACGACAAGGAUGGGGAGCUCUCCAUAUCGAAUGAGGACGACUCCUUGGAAAAUGGCCAGUCCCUGAGCUCCAGUCAGCUGUCUCUGCCUGCUUUGUCCGAAAUGGAGCCAGUCCCAAUGCCCAGGGACCCCUGCUCGUAUGAGGUGCUCCAGCCUUCAGACAUUAUGGACGGGCCAGUGUCUGAAGAGAGUCCCUCUGCCAGUGAGUGUGGAGUCCUCCUGUCCCAAGAUCCUUCAGCCAAACCAGUCCUGCUACUACCCCCCAAAAAACCUGCUGCUUUCUCUGGAGACCAUGAGGAGACCCCAGUGAAGCAGCUGUCCCUUCUCAAGCAACCCCCGGCCCUGCCUCCCAAACCCACUGCCAGGAUUGCCAACCACUUAACAGAUCCUGGCGCCCCUGUGAAAUUGCCUUGUCUGCCAGUGAAACUGUCGCCUCCGCUACCUCCAAAGAAAGUCAUGAUCUGUAUGCCUGUAGGGGGGCCAGACCUCUCGCUGGUGUCCUACGCAGCCCAGAAGAGUGGCCAGCAGAGCGUGGCCCAGCACCACCACACCGUCCUGCCCUCCCAGAUCCAGCACCAGCUGCAGUAUGGCAGCCACGGCCAGCACCUCCCCUCCGCCACCGGCUCCCUCCCCAUGCACCCCUCGGGCUGCAGGAUGAUAGACGAGCUGAACAAGACGCUGGCCAUGACCAUGCAGCGGCUGGAAAGCUCUGAGCAGCGAGUCCCCUGUUCCACUUCUUACCACAGCUCUGGUUUGCACUCGAGUGAUGGUGUCACAAAAGCAGGACCCAUGGGCCUUCCAGAAAUAAGACAAGUGCCAACUGUUGUGAUUGAAUGUGAUGACAAUAAAGAAAAUGUGCCUCAUGAAUCAGAUUACGAAGACUCUUCUUGCCUGUACACAAGAGAAGAGGAGGAAGAAGAAGAGGACGAAGAUGAUGAUAGCUCAUUGUAUACCAGCUCCCUGGCCAUGAAGGUGUGUAGGAAGGACUCCUUAGCCAUCAAACUCAGCAACAGGCCCUCCAAGCGAGAACUAGAAGAAAAGAACAUCCUUCCCAGGCAAACAGAUGAGGAGCGGCUGGAGCUGAGGCAACAGAUCGGCACCAAGCUCACCAGGCGGCUGAGCCAGAGGCCAACUGCAGAGGAACUGGAACAGAGGAACAUUUUGAAACCCCGGAACGAACAAGAAGAACAAGAGGAGAAAAGAGAGAUCAAGAGAAGGCUAACCCGAAAGCUCAGUCAGAGACCCACAGUGGAAGAACUUCGGGAAAGGAAGAUCCUCAUUCGCUUCAGUGACUACGUGGAGGUGGCUGAUGCUCAGGACUAUGACCGCAGGGCCGACAAGCCCUGGACCCGCCUCACCGCUGCUGACAAAGCUGCCAUCCGAAAAGAGCUCAAUGAAUUUAAAAGCACUGAAAUGGAAGUUCAUGAAUUGAGUAGACACUUAACAAGGUUUCACCGACCUUAACAGUUGAAUUCCUCUUGAGUGCUAUGCUGUCUUCAAAACAUAAAUUUAUAAGGACCAUAAGUGCUGGUAUUUAUUCACUUCCCCAUUAUGAUGUAAAUCUUCUGAACUGCCUUUUUUUAAAAGAAGAGGAAGAAAAAUAUAAGGAAACACAA